AUGAACCGGGUCAUCCCACCGGCCCAGUCCGGCGCCACUUCGGCGACCAUGGUGCGGAACGAGGGGUUUAAGAUCUUGGCCGGGAUCUUGCGGUGGAACGGGCGGCAUUACUAUCUACUCCUCAGCUUGCUCUUCACAAAGAGGCGCCUCGAGGAGGUUCGACGGGUUUGGGCUGUCAUGAAGGCGAUCGGUUUUAUGGACUAUCAUAUGGACGAUAAAACGGUUAACUCUUAUAUCUCUCUGAUACGACGUGGCAAUGAACGGAGUGCGGGAACCAUGGUGUAUACGGACAAAACGGCAACAACUGGACAACUUAGUGACGAAAAAGCACUGCGGCGUCAACUUCUGAUUGAACUGGAGGAAAUUGCCAAAAAGAAGGGCUUUUCCCUCCAAGACUACAACCUGCGCGCUACGCAACUGGCGCGUAUCACGGAGUUUAUUCAGGAGUCGCCAUCCCUCCCUCUUGUCGCACACACGGAUAAGGCCAUUAAUGGGAAAGUCGUGAAAGAUGCUCAACGCUCAUAUUUUCACAAUGAGGAUAGAAAUAGUGCGACCGCAAACUGCAAUUUGCUGAAGGUGGGAGAUUUCAACGGCCUGCUUCGUGUGUCGCAGUCCUUGAAUAAAACCCAACGCAUUUUGGCCGUGAUGGAAAAGCUCGAAAUUUCAAAGUGCACCGAUACUUACUCGAGCUUGAUUGCAUCCUUGCAUAACCCAGAAUAUCUCUUGAGCAACGAUCCCCCACCCACAAUAAACUUCAAAAAAAAUGAAUCAAUCCCUCUUGAUGGUGAAAAAGACGUCGAAGAAUUGAAUGAAGGAAAAGCGAAAUAUGAAAACUACAAAAAUCAAAGGAUUGCUCAGGCGAAAAUAUGGUUUGAUGCUUGCCCAACUGACCAACGCACAGCCUCUUUGUAUAACGAGAUGCUCUACCUUUUACGGGAUAAAAGUCGUGUGGAUGAGUUUAACGCCUUGCUGGUUGAAUUCCGCGGAAACGCGCUUCGCGCAAAGGCGGACAAACCGAACAACACAGAAGGUCCAGACGCCGUCGAAACCUUGGAAGCGCCCACGUGUGCGGAGGAUAACGGCCCGAUUCUUCCCCCACAAUGGUGUGUGCCGCCCAACAGUAAAACCUACGAGCUUCUUAUUCAACAUGUACGCUACUUGGAAGACUGGGAAGCCUUUUGGGAGGUUUAUGGGGAGAUGGGUCGGCAGAACGUGAAGGGAACAUCUCGUUUAUACCACGUUUUGCUGAAAGAAAUCAAACAACAUCCCCCACCUGAUAUUAAGCAUUCCGGUGAGAGUAUCUCGAACUUUAUCGUUAAAUUGAGCGAGAAGAUGGAGCUGGAUGGGGUGCGCAUCAUCUCUGUUGACGAAGGAAUGAAAUUGGUAGAUGCGUGGAGCGCUACGCGGAAGCGCUAA